GAUUUAAACUGUUAAAUGUCAAAGUGAUUGACAAAUGAAAAAGAAAAAUGGUGUAGGGUAUAGAGUCUAUAAUUGUAUUUGAGAAUAUUUAAUAUUUUUGUUUGAUUUUAAUUUUUUUAUCGUUGGUUAUUGUCACACAUUUAUUAAAAUGUCACGAGCAAAAUCUAAGCACAAUAAUAUAGAAGUAUGUGGAGAUUGUGGAGCUUUAGAUGCUACUUGGGCUGCAGUGAAUAAAGGAAUAUUACUAUGUACUCAAUGUUGCAGUAUACAUCGAAGUUUAGGAAGGCACAUUUCGCAAGUUAAAUCUUUAUUGAAGAGUCCCUGGCAUCCUAACGAGCUCAAUAUGGUAUGUACUCUAAAUAAUAACGGUGCAAAUAAUAUUUGGGAACAUGUUUUACUUGAGAAUGGUGCAAAGUUGAUGAAGAAAAAACCCACUGCCAAAGAUUCUAUAAGCAUUAAACAAGAAUACAUCAAACAAAAACACUUACAUUGUAUGUACGCUUUUCGUGAAAACUACGAAGAUGGUCUCAUGAGUGUUGAAAACGAACUGGGUAAACAAUUACAUGCCAGCGUUCGAACUCCCAAUUUAGAAACUUCAUUUCGUCUUUUAGCUCUCGGAGCUGAUCCUAAUUAUUUUCAUGAUGAAAAAGGAACAACACCUUUACAUGUGGCAACUAAAUCUGAUCAGAAAUUGCAGGUAGAACUGUUAUUGGUUUAUGGAGCCGAUCCUUCUUGUCCUGAUAGUCAAGGAAAAACUCCCAUUGAUUAUGCAAAAUCUCUUCCUAAUAAAGAUAUGAUGAAUAGAUUAAUAGAGAGUCAGUAUGAAGUAACCGACACCUUUAGCUAUUAUUUAUCUCUCAAAAAACCAGAUCAUACUGCCGGUAUACACUUUUUUAUUCCACAGACUGGUUUCAAAUCAAACACUCAAUCAUUAACGAAAUUACAAAAGUUAAGUAAUCACGUUUUUGAAGAACUAGCUAUGGAUGUAUACGAUGAAGUUGACAGACGAGAGACAGAAGCGAUCUGGUUAAGUUGUGCGGAUACUACAGAAUUGAACGAUGUUCCCUUCCUCCCAGUUGACAACACUUUAUCAACGACAAGAAAUCAGGGUAGACAGAAAUUAGCCAGAUUUUCUACUCCAGAACUGAAAAGCUUAGUAUACGACAUAUUAGUUGAUACACAACGAAGACAAAUGGUGCCCGAUAAAAAUAACAUCCUACUACUUAGAGAAGUUUCGUCUUUAGAUGAAGAUCCCUUGUAUGAUUCGGUUGCUUCUGAUGACGACUACGCAAUUGUACCGGAUGAUGAGAAAUCUUCUCCAAAAAAUGAAAAGUCUCAUAUGGUUGAUAAAGAAAACAAGUUAUCGUUGGACAGUAUUAACAAAACUAAUCAAAUUUUGGAACAAUUAACCAAACAGUUAAAAAAUUCCGAUAGUACGAUAACUGACCUUAGAAGUGAAGUAAUGAAAUUGAGACAACAAGUGAAAGUUUUGCAAACGGAAAAUUCGGAACUUAAAAGUAGAUUAACGCAUGGUAAGAUAACUACAAGAGCAAAUGGUGAUAGCGGUUUUGAUUCCUUGGAGUAUAUUCCAGAGAAUAGAGAUAAUGAGGAAACGUUGCCCAAUGGGGUAACAACUGAUGAUGUCGAUUUAAGGAAAAAUAAACGGAGUCAAAGACCAUCGAGUAUGUAUGAAACGAGGGAAGGUAUUAGCAAAGUACCGUAUUUUCAUGCUAUUAAAAAUCAGCUAAAACAGUCAGAUUCGAGGGGCACUCAAAGCCUUUAUUCUUCUCCACAAAAUAGGGAAACUAUCCUGCAAUGUACUGAACAGAUAACCAGGACUAUUCAACAUUUGUGUAAAACUAUCCAAGAACCGGGUCAAGAAGAAUGCGUCACCAGUUCUGAAAAGGUUAAAGUAUCUGUAUGCAAGUUGGCUUCGUUCUUACCAAAGGAAAGCGAAGGUGAACGAAUGAAACUCAUGUUAGAAUUAGUAUCCAGAUUACAACCGGAGUGUUUGGCAUUACAAACAUCCCAUAAAAAUAAUGACGUCAAAUCUACCGAACUACAUUUUUGUAAUAUUAGAGACAUAGCAUUUCAUCUUGCCAAAUUUACAAAAGAUAUAAUAACCAAAUAUUCAUCUAAUCAUUAACGUUAUCAUUUUAUUCGUAAUAAUAUUCCAAUUUUAUAUUUUUUUUUAAUCAUUUUUGGAAUAUUUUUUUAUAAUGACAAACAUUCAAUUAGACUGUUUCUUAUUGACAAUUGUAGUCAAUACUCACACAUCAGUUAAUUGGUUAAAUUUAAUUUAACCGACUUGCUCUGUUUGACUUUCAAAUGAAUCAGAUUCAAAAAUCAUCCCUCAAUUCAUAAUAAAAAUUACCUGAAAUUACUUGGAGAACCUUUCUCCGUAAGGUAGAAUACUGUCUUUGGUUUGCUGUUGUCUUUUAAGUUGAUAAUUUCACUUAACGGAAAUGUUUUUAGUGAAUACGAAAUUUCUCUUACAUCAUUUAAUUGGACACAAUCAAAUUCAAUUCAAUUGAUUUGCUCUGUUUGGUAUCUAACUGAAUCAGAUCCAAAUAUCAUCCCUCAAUUUCCAAUAAACAAAAAUAAA